CAAUAAUCUAUCCAAUCACACCCCACGUUGUACGGCGGCCGCUCAAUUUUGAAAACCAAAAUGGCGACUGAGGCUGUUCAAGCGUUGCUUUGAAAGAUGCGACCAUGUACAUUUGGAUUUGUACGAUGGGGCAGAGCAUCAGGAGGGUGGGGAAGCGGAGUUGAUGGUGCCCUACCUAACUGAGAGUCGUAGCAAACAGAAGAUGUUGGGCAGACAGUUGUUUGUGCUGGAUGACAUGAUGCAGCUUCUGGAGAGACUGGAGUCAACUGACCAGCUGCUUAAUGAACCCUGCCCCCCAAACCCCGGCAACGAGGCUCACAGACGCUGGAAGGCCCUGAAGAGUGAAUAUAAAGAGGGAGUCCAGGAGGUGGAGACACUCAUCAGCACCCUACAGGACAGGAUGGAUAAACUGCACCACAAACGGAACAGACUGACACACCUGGUCACGGCACUAGAGAAGAAGAAAGAGCUCAGUCUGCAGAUGGGGGAGGCCCUCCAGAGAGCCCACAAUGCCUUGCGUGUGUGUGAGGGGCAGCUGGCCCAGCUGAGGGCGGAGACAGACGCCUCACUGGACCGCUUGGCUGACUGGCAGCACCUGAGAGAAGCCCUGCAGGGCUAUGUGGAGGAGACACGGGGGGUGAUGCAGUGUAGGCUGCUGUCGGUGGGGUCCUCGGAGCUGUGUGUGGAACUGAGGCCCCACUCCUGUGGGUCCUCCUCCUCCUCUGGCCAGCUGGAGCCCCUCAGACUGACCGUCACUUGGAGCCCUGAUGACCACUUCCACCUCCAGGUGUAUCAAGGUACUGCAGGGCUGUUAGAGGAGUCAAUUAAGGGUCACCUUUCUCACCUCAGUGCUGCCCUGCUGGAGGUCAUGCAGUGCUACACCAGCCAGAGAGAGAUGCUGGCUGAGAUCCAGGCCCUGCACUCCAGGUUUGCUAUAGACUGGCGUCCAGGCCAGAGACUGCUAGUCUUCCUGAAGACUGCCUCUAGGGUGUGUAACCUGGGGGUGGAGGAGGGCUACCCCUCCAAAGGCACAGCUACACUCAUCUCUGUACACAGGGACGGAGAACUGGUUGACAACGCUGUCCUACAGCCUCCCCAGAAGACCCCCUCUCUGACCGAGUGGCUGGAGCUCCUCUCCUCCAGUCCGUACAUCUGACCAUCCUCUCUGUAGUCUACACAGAGGAAGUGGCUAUUUCUCUCCAUGGUCACUAAAGGGUGCCCUUGCCUCAAUUAAUAUGUAAACAUUAGGGAUGUAACAAUUCACUAAUAUGCAUCGCUCCCGGUUCAAAUAUUUAAGAUACUAGUGCAUGGUUCUGCGGGAGCCCAAUCCAAAUGAAGCAUGCAUCAGUCAGAAAACCGAUUCAAACGUUACAAUCGCCAGUUCACUAAUGUUUUUCACUGUUUUAUUCCGAAAUUACCUCCUAUGUGUUGUGACUGAAUUGAUGCGUCCUCUCCAUCAGUUCAGUAGGCUAUUGAACUGUUAUGCAUGUAACUGCAUAUGACUGUCAGAUAACGACUGUGCGCACAGUGCAGGUAGUCAGAGCUGCUUGCGCCAACUAGAGGUAGUCUAUCCCUCUUCUAAUAGGCUAUUCGUACAUCAGCGGCACCUUCAGCAUUCAGAUGCUUAGAAAAAUGGCUUUCACAAUGUCAUAUCGUAGGGUUUAUUAGUUGAGUGACAAUGUAAUUUGCUGAGUCAUUGUUACCAAAUGCUCUGUUUUUUUUUUUUACUGGAGUUGUGUGGUCUACUGGAGUGAGUGGGCACAACAAACAUUGAACUGCUGAUUGGGCUUUUCAUUCAUUCCGAUUUUUUUAAAAUUGUUCAGGUCACCAUGAGAAAUAGUUUUUUUUUUUUUUUUUUUUUUUACAGUCAGUGUAUUUGUACAUUUUUACAUAGAUCAAGGUAAUUUCAUAAUGGACCGCAAUCAUUUUUAGGAGCAUCGCAUGCUCGGUCAUAUUCAUUAGUCAGAGCUGGAGAAGCGCUCCAUAAAAUUCCAAACGGUCUAAACCAUUAGCUUUUGAGGCGGGUAAAAUCUAACGCUGCAUUGUAUUAAUUGGCUAAAUGCCACGAUAAUUUCUAAAGAUAAAUAUUGACAUAGUACAAGCGCAACAUUUUUUAUCUGCCAAAAUGAGAAGUUAAUGAGUGGGUGAUGGUUAUUGCAGAUAAAAAGUGGGGGGACAAAAAGCAUCAAUUGCCUCCACCCCUAAUCUGAUGGGGGUGGUAUAUGCUCAGUCUGCCCUAUGGCUCAGCUCAGGUGCCUACACCAUUAAUAAUAUAAUAUGCCAUUUAGCAGACGCUUUUAUCCAAAGCGAUUUACAGUCAUGUGUGCAUACAUCUUUAAG